AUGCAAAGUCCACUUAUGAAGUUCCUUUCAGGUAUCAGGCUUUUCCACCGUUCUCUUUGCUCCAUCGCUACGAACAUCGAGAUGAGACCGCAGAAGCUCGAGAGAAUUGCUGACGAGCUUCUCGACCUCAGUAAGCUGGAAAGGCAUGAUUAUUCAAUCCUGUUCAGGUUUAAAUUAGGUUUGAACAAGUAUGGACCUGCAAUCUCUGGCCUUGAUUCAUCGGCAUCUGCGGGAGGUGGCACAGCGGCGACUGAUUCAAAGGCUGCUGAGAAGACGGCGUUUGAUAUAAAGCUCGAGAAGUUUGAUGCGGCUGCCAAGAUAAAGAUCAUUAAGGAAGUUAGGACUUUUACGGAUUUAGGGUUGAAGGAAGCCAAGGAUUUAGUGGAGAAGGCGCCAAUCGUCCUCAAGAAGGGGGUUACCAAGGAGGAAGCUAAUCCGAUUGUUGAGAAGCUCAAAGAGUUGGGAGCCACGGUUGUAUUGGAAUAGUGUUUUUUUUAAAAUUUUUCAUUUUGGGGUUUAGAAAAGCAGCAGCUUUUGAUUGAGAAAUCAGAGUUGGGAUUAAAAAAUGGUUUUGUUUGUCUUACAAAAGUGCAGUUUUGCAGGCCUUAUUGUUUUUUUGAUAUAAAGCAUGUCACAUAAUGAAUA